AUGUGUACCUUGGGAGCUUCUGCUGGCGGUUGUCAUGUUGUGUUGCUGAUGCAGGCACCCAGCACAGUCGCUGUCACCGGUACUUCGACACUUGACCCUGGCAGGGCGAACCGAGGCAGCCGUGGGGCAGGCAGGGGCUCCGUCUCCAGGGACAGCCAUUGCGUCGUCCCCAUUCGUCGCCUGGCACGAGUCAAUGGCAGCGCCUGCGAACGUCCUCGGGCCUGGUGCGCAUACUCGCCCAGUCCACACGGACGGUGGCCGUCUCCCGGCCCGGCAUCCUUGCUGGUGACGGACAUUGCGGCUCAUGCCUGGGCUGAACACGACUCGCCAGCACGAAUGUGCCUGUCGUUCCGUGCCUCGGACCGUGCAGCUCUCCAGGACAUGCCACAUGAUUUCUCGCAGCUGUGGGACGAGCUUGGAUUGGGACGGCUGCCAUGUUGCAAGCCUUAUUUCAGAUACAUGCCAUUACUCCGUAGAGGCGACCGUGUGCCCACCAAGCAAGGCUGGGAGUUCCGGGCUGGUUUGAGAGCAGUUUCUGGCGGUGAAGCUAUUCCUGCUCGUACUGCCAGAGUAUCCUGGUCGCAGGUCGCUAGGGUGUCACCUUCUGGAAUGGCAUUCGACUCCACACUUGACGUCAUGCUGGGACCGAGAGGGAGCAGAGGCUCCGUCGCUCCAGCUUCAUAUGCUUCAUUUAAAGAAAUUGCCCAAGCGACCUGGCGGAAUGCCCUGUGA